AUGCGCCCCCUCCCCUUCCAAUACGUCUUCACCUUCUACCACACCAAAUCCACCACCUCUCACACCCCCACCCUCCUCUCCGACACCGUCCCCGACAUUGCAGCCUUCUACAAAAUCUACAACAAUUUUCCGUUUUCGUCGCUCGCAGCCAAGGACGGGGUACAUUUCUUCCGUGCAGGCGUCAAGCCGCUAUGGGAGGAUGAGGAGAACCUCGAGGGUGGGUGUUGGACAGUGAAAGUAAGGAAGGAGGAUGGGAGGAGUUUGAGGACUUGGGAGGAGUUGUGUUUGAUGGUUCUGGGUGGGGAGUUGCAGAGUUUGGUUGCGAAAGAACGAGAUCAUAUAUUAGGCAUGUCGUACUCACCUCGACUGUACUAUACGCAUAUCUCGAUAUGGACAAAACAGGGUGAUAACAAGCGGAGUAUUGAAGUAUUACAGAGGACAAUCGUAGAGCGAUUGAGUCCAGAGUUGAGGCCAACCUCGGAGCUGGAGUAUUACUUUAAGAAGCACUCGGAACACGAAGGCUGGGAGGAAGUGACGAGGCAGGUAAGAGAACAAGGACAGUCGAAGGCGGAGCAGCACGAAGGAAACGUCGUGAUAUCGAUAAAUGAAGAGCAGGAGACUAUGCCACCAUGA